AUGUGCAUGGACCGAACCCACAUGCCCAGUGACCAAUGCUGCUCCCUGCUGCUCCCUCUCGUCCCACUCUUCUUUCCCACUCUCCCUCCCACUCUCUCCCUCCCACUCUCUCCCUCCCACUCUCCCUCUCCCUCCCACUCUCCUCUCGCCUCCCUCUCCCACUCUCUCCCUCCCACUCUCUCCCUCCCCCUCCCACUCUCUCCCUCCCACUCUCUUCCCUCCCACUCUCUCCCUCCCACUCUCUCCCUCCCACUCUCUCUCCCUCCCACUCUCUCCCUCUCCCCCACUCUCUCCCUCCCACUCUCUCCCUCCCACUCUCUCCCUCCCACUCUCUCCCUCCCACUCUCUCCCUCCCACUCUCUCCCUCCCACUCUCUCCCUCCCACUCUCUCCCUCCACUCUCUCCCCUCCCACUCUCUCCCUCCCACUCUCUCCUCCCACUCUCUCCCUCCCACUCUCUCCCUCCCUCCCACUCUCCCUCCUCCCACUCUCUCCCUCCCACUCUCCUCCCCUCCCACGCUCUCCCUCCUCUCCCUCCCACUCUCCCUCUCCCCCACUCUCUCCCUCCCCUCUCUCCCUCCACUCUCUCCCUCCCACUCUCUCCCCCCACUCUCUCCCUCCCACUCUCUCCCUCCACUCUCUCCCUCCCACUCUCUCCCCCCCCACUCUCUCCCUCCCACUCUCUCCUCCCCCUCCACUCUCUCCCUCCCACUCUCUCCCUCCCACUCUCUCCCUCCCUCCCUCCCACUCUCUCCCUCCCACUCCUCCCUCCACUCUCCUCCUCCCACUCUCUCCCUCCCACUCUCUCCCUCCUCCCACUCUCUCCCUCCCACUCUCUCCCUCCCCUCUCUCCCUCCCACCUCUCUCCCGCCCACUCUCUCCCUCCCACUCUCUCCCUCCACUCUCUCCCUCCCACUCUCUCCCUCCCACUCUCUCCCCUCCCACUCUCUCCUCCCUCUCCCUCCCACUCUCCCUCCCCUCUCCCUCCCACUCUCUCUCCCUCCCACUCUCUCCCUCCCACUCUCUCCCUCCCACUCUCUCCCUCCCCCUCUCCUCGCUCUUCUCCUCCUCCCACUCUCCCUCCCUCCCACUCUCUCCCUCCCACUCUCUCCCUCCCUCCUCUCCUCCCACUCUCUCCCCCCACUCCUCUCCUCCCAUCCACUCUCUCUCCCCUCCCACUCUCUCCCUCCCACUCUCUCCCUCCCCUCUCCCCCUCCCAUCUCGCCCCUCCACUCUCUCCCUCCCACUCCCUCCCCUCCCACUCUCUCCCUCCCACUCUCUCUCCCCUCCCACUCUCUCCCUCCCACCUCUCCUCCCACGCUCUCCUCCCACUCUCUCCCUCCCACUCUCUCCCUCCCACUCUCUCCCCUCCCUCCCUCCCACUCUCUCCCUCCCACUCUCUCCCUCCCACUCUCCCCUCCCACUCUCUCCCUCCCACUCUCUCCCUCCCACUCUCUUCCCCUCUCACCUCUCCCUCCCACUCCUCUCCCCUCCCCUCCCACUCUCUCACUCCCACUCUCUCCCUCCCACUCUCUCCCUCCCACUCUCUCCCUCCCACUCUCUCCCUCCCACUCUCUCCCUCCCUCUCACUCUCCCCUCCCACUCUCCUCUCCCUCCCACUCUCUCCCCUCCCACUCUCUCCCUCCCACUCUCUCUCUCCUCCCUCCCACUCUCCUCUCUCCCUCCCACUCUCUCCCUCCCACUCUCUCCUCCCCACUCUCUCCCCUCCCACUCUCUCCCUCCCACUCUCUCCCUCCCACUCUCUCCCUCCCAUACACCCCACCGCCUUUCACACCCCCAGGUGGCACGACUACGGCAAAUUCCUGCCUGCAGAUGA